ACAAGACUGCAGAAAAUCACACAGUAUUAGCAUCAGUCUUGUAAAUGACAUCAAGAUCAAUUUAGCAGAUAAACAAAGUACAAAUCUUACAUUUGUGGAGAAAAUCGUAGCUGAUGAAUAAAUUGAGAUGGUGACGUUGUUGACGUCUGAAAUAAACGUGAGGAAGCAAAAUUUUCUGUCUCUGUGUCUCCACAGCUGCAGCAGUUCAAAUGAUUUUACCUUCAGAACCAAAGAACAGAGAAGAUUUUCUGCAGUAUUUCUGUUAUCUGACUCUGGACCCAAACACAGUACAUCAUCGACUCAUUCUGUCUGAGAAGAACAGAGUGGUGACACGGAGUGAGACACAACAGCGAUAUUCUGAUCAUCCAGAGAGAUUUAACUCUUGGAUUCAGGUGUUGUGUAAGGAGAGUGUGUGUGGACGCUGUUAUUGGGAGGUGGAGAGGAGCGGUGAUGUGGAUAUAUCAGUGUCAUAUAAAGAGAUCAGCAGAAAAGGACUGGGUAAUGAGUGUGUGUUUGGAUUCAACAGUCAGUCCUGGAGUCUGCAGUGUUCUUCUUCCUUUGUGUUUUUCUGUCACAACGAUAUUCAAACUGAGCUCCGUGGUCCAUCAUCCUCCAGAAUAGGAGUGUAUGUGGAUCACAGUGCAGGAACUCUGUCCUUCUACAGCGUCUCUGACACCAUGAGGCUCCUCCACAGAGUCCACACCACAUUCACUCACCCUCUAUAUGCUGGAGUCUGGAUGUGGAGUAAUAACUCAGCUGUGAGGUUUUGUGAUCCAAAAUAAAAUGUUAGUAAUAGUGUUUAGAAAAACUAUAAGUGAGGUGUGAGAUUUAAUUUGUCCCUGAGCUACACUGGUUAAUUUGUGUAUAGAAACUGUAAAAGUAAUGAAUGCAGAAUGUAGGAU